GCAUCAUCAGCAAUAGAAGUAGGGAGUUAGUGUGGUCGCUGCACAUGUGGUCACACUGAGUUCGUUCAGUUAGAGCCGCAGGAGAGGAAGAGCACGAGAGCACUGUCGGUAGCAUCAAAUAACGAGUUACACCAGAUAACAUGAGACCAGGUUUCAGUCCCCGCGGGGACCGAGGAGGUAGAGGAGGGUUUGGAAGCCGAGGAGGAUUCGGUGACCGUGGAGGCCGAGGAGGAUUCGGUGACCGUGGAGGCCGAGGAGGAUUCGGUGACCGCGGACGAGGUGGAUUCAGAGGAGGAAGAGGUGGAAGUUUCAGGUCCCCAGAGGGUGGAGGAUUUCGGGGCCGUGGGGGUGGCAGAGGCGCCAGAGGAAGGGGGGGCGGCAGAGGAGGCUUUGGAGCAGGGAGGAAGGUCGUGGUUGAGCCACACAGACAUGAAGGAGUGUUCAUCUGCAGAGGGAAGGAGGAUGCCCUGGUGACAAGGAACAUGGUGGUGGGAGAGUCUGUGUACGGAGAGAAGAGGAUCAACGUGGAGGAAGGAGAGGUUAAGAUUGAGUACAGAGCCUGGAAUCCGUUCCGCUCCAAGCUGGCAGCAGCCAUCUUGGGAGGAGUAGACCAGAUCCACAUCAAGCCCGGAACAAAGGUCAUGUACCUGGGAGCGGCCUCCGGCACCACGGUGUCCCACGUCUCUGACAUUGUUGGACCGGAAGGACUGGUCUACGCCGUGGAGUUCUCCCAUCGAUCGGGUCGUGACCUGCUCAACGUGGCAAAGAAACGCACCAACAUCAUUCCAAUCAUCGAGGACGCCCGCCACCCACACAAAUACCGCAUGCUAGUUGGCAUGGUGGAUGUGAUUUUUGCUGACGUAGCCCAGCCUGACCAGACGAGGAUUGUUGCUUUGAACGCUCACAACUUCCUGAAGAACGGAGGACACUUUGUAAUCUCCAUCAAGGCUAACUGCAUUGACUCGACGGCGGCUCCAGAGGCCGUGUUUGCCUCAGAAGUGAAGAAGAUGAGCUCUGAGAACAUGAAACCACAGGAGCAGCUCACACUGGAGCCCUACGAGAGAGACCACGCCAUAGUGGUGGGCAUUUACAGACCACCGCCAAAACAGAAGAAGUGAGGCACGCGUAAGAAGGCUUGGAGAUUUUCAAACACCAUCUGCUUUUUAUCCUUGUCCAUUGCUCUCCUCUCCACCCUCCGCCUGCCUCUCAUACCAUGAGACUAGCAGGCAGCGUCAAACAUGUCUGGGUUUCCUUCUUUUUUAAGUUAACUGACCAAACAUCCAACUGCUGGAGUCUAUCUAUCACUGAUGACAUUGGGAGCAUAUUGCAUAACAUUUGGUUGCCAGAUUGGAGUAUAUCGUGUUAGUAGUGGAAGUUUUCAUAAUAUGUAGAGCUUCGCCACCCUUAUUUUCACAUCUCUUAUGCACAAGUGAUGUGUAUCUAUCAACUUAUUAUAAGGAUCUGUGUUUCUGUGUAACUACACACCAGGAGGAUGAGUAGAAACUAAUGAAUAUCCAGUCCUAAAUUGUAAGGGGAUUAUUUUUUACUCAGCUGCCGCUUCUUGGUGAACAAGGUACUUUCUAACCUAAGAAGUAUUUCAAAAGAGAACAAGCUGUGUUGAAAGACUUCAAUUCAUUUAGGCAAGUUUAUAUAACUGCUACAUGGUUAUUUGGGCUCCAGUGAGGUUUUUUGAUUGGUCAGUACUAUUAUUUCAAUAUUUUAUCACUUCUCUUUUCUCCUCAUACUUUUCUUAGUGAAUUUCUUUUUUUUUUUGCUGUUUACCGCCACAAUAUGGGAUAGCUCAAUCCCAUAUUGUGAGGGUUAUCCCAAUUACCCACACAGAUCAGAUGGCUAGUAUUGUCAGUGUACAAUAAGUCAUCUGUCAGAACUUAUGUACAGGCUUAAUGUUGUGUGUACUUAUUGCACAAUACCCACACUUUGUAGAAAAAGGAACCCUUAAUGAUAAUCUGUUUAGUGGUGAGGUGGUGAAAUUUGAUCUUGUGUGUACAGACAAAUGGAGAUGGUGACUUCCUCUCUGACAUGUAGUUUGAUAGCAGAAUCCUUUGUGAUGGCAGAGUAUGAAGGAGAAUGGUUGUAAUUUGCAACAAUGUAUGCUUUUGAACAGUUUAUAUAUUUGUUUUUGACAUAUAACUGCAACUUUGUUUUAAUAAAAUGUUUAUGAUUGUUA